CCUCAGCUGCUACGCCUUAUCAUCCCUCUGUCUUUGUAAUCACCAUGGCAACGGAAGAACAGCAUUGAGAGGGUGUUGUAGAGGGAGAGAGAGUGUGUAAGUGGAGAGAGCAUGUGAGGGAGGGAGAGGAGAGGGAGCUACAGGGUGACUGGGACCAGGAGAAACUCUGUUGUUGAAAGAGAAGAGAGGGAGAAGAAGGAAGAGAGAAUAAAGAGAGAGCUGUGUGUUUUUGUUGUUGCUGAACAACAUGUGUCUCAGUGUGCUGCUGCUCAUCUUUCUCUCCCAGGCAGAGUUGGGGAGAGUUUGGGCUCAGCAACAAACAGAGAUGCGGUAUCAUGUGAAUGGACAGCAGCACGAUGAGAGGCCAUCAGACAGGACCCCCAGAGAACCGUGGCUGGGUUACGCCAGGGUGGCCAGGGAAGUACUGGGAGGAGGACUGACCAUCAACACCCUACCAGACAACAUGACACACUUAGUGGAGGACGCUGGUAGGUAUUACUCAUGGCGUAGUUUUGGCCCUGAUGACCAGCGCACAGAUGAACUCUGGGUAGAUCUAAACGACCUAGAACAUGGCCAAGUCAGAAUGCAUGGCAUUUUGUCCAAUACACACAGACAGGCUGCGAAGGUUGCCCUCUCAUUUGACUUCCCCUUCUACGGACAUUAUUUGAGGCAGAUUACCAUAGCAACAGGAGGGUUUAUUUUCAUGGGAGAGGUCACACACCGCAUGCUGACAGCAACACAGUACAUCGCUCCCCUCAUGGCCAACUUUGACCCCAGCUUCUCCAAGGAGUCUACUGUUCAGUACCUGGACAAUGGUGAGGUGUUUGUGGUGCAGUGGGAGCGGGUGAGACUCCAUGGGAGGGAGGCAGAGGGGGCAUAUACCUUCCAGGCUGCCCUGCACCUCACAGGGACCAUCACCUUCAGCUACAGAGAUAUACCUUUGCCAGUGGAGGUGAUAAGUUCUGCUGAGCACCAAGUGAAGGCAGGGUUGUCAGAUGCAUUCAUGGUGAACCUGCCUUCCCCUCAAUCCUCAGAUGCCCAACGUCGGCUCUACGAGUACCAUCGGUUGGACAUCGAUACAACUAAGAUCACCAACAACUCUGCCUUUGAGUUCACUGCAUUGCCUACCUGUCUGCAGCAUGACAGCUGUGAACUCUGCCUCUCGUCCAAUCUAACCUCUGGCUGUACCUGGUGCAACGUCCUCCAGAGGUGCUCAGACGGAAUGGACAGACACAGGCAGGAGUGGCUGGACUACGCCUGUUCAGAAGAGGCCAAAGAUGUCUCCUGUGAGGAUUAUUCCAAGGGGGUACCAGACAGCUCCAUUGACCCUUCAGUUCCCUCAGACUUUGAGGUCACCACUCCCCUGGGGCCCCUACUAGAAGGCCCUGCCACGGAGAAUGACACCAAACGUGUGAUUCUAUACAAUGGUAAAGACGUGAAGACAGGCCCUCCGAGACAGCACGACGGGUCAGCUCACACAGGAGUUAUAGCAGGUGUAGUAGCUGCAUUGGUGCUACUGCUGGCUCUGACACUUCUGGCACUUUACAUCAACUCUCAUCCUUCUGCUGCCUCACCACUCAACAUCCUACAGCGACGCAACAGCUACUGGCCAUCCAUGAAGUUCAGGAAGCAGGGAUUCCACUCCAGCUACGCAGAGGUGGAGGUCGAAGGUCACGAGAAGGAGGGAAUCAUGGAAGCUGGCCAGUGCUGACCGGAUUGAGGAGCAACUGGAUGAUGAGGAGAGAAAAAUGAGUUUGUAGGAGAGGAAGGAGAGAGCUUAGAGUUACACACACAUUCCCUAGUCCAUUACACAAAUAAUAUUUUUUUGUUCAUUCAUUUUUCAAUAAUCACUUCAACAGUCCCUGUCUUUGUUGGCAAAAGAAUGGGGGGUAUUGUAUAUCAUUUUUGGUGGACAAAGUCUUAAACUCUUCUCGUACACAUCCGCGACUCAGGUUUUAGGGAAAGGGACAAAUGAGAAGAGGCCACUUUUAGGCUUUGCUAGAAUUUCUUUGUUGAGUUCCAAGUUUCUCAGCAGGUACGGAUUGCUGUCUCACAAUUUACCACACACCUCCAUGGGAUAUGUAACUGGAAUAAACUGUGAUACAUUAUGACUAUCAACAUCCAUGGAAAAAACACUAUAAAGGAUUCUGUAUCCCUGCGCUUCCAUGACAAGAACGAAGACCAGUUGAGGAUGUUCUUCAAUGAUAAUCUCUGUACAGUUAAUGUUUGAAUGUUUUGUUCCUGUAUUGCUUUUUCUAUACACAGUACCAGUCAAAAGUUCGGACACACCUACUCAUUCAAGGAUUUUUCUUUAAUUUUUACUAUUUUCUACAUAGUAGAAUACUAGAAAGACAUC